AUGAUUUUGGCCAUGGCGUCUCAGGAUGCUCAGAACUUCUUCCAGCCUCUCUCUUCCUGGAUAUCUCGGGUUUAUGAAGCUCUCCAGCAAGCAGGAGAUAUGCUAUCUGCUUCGCUGGUUAAUGUAAGCAAACAAGACUCUAAAUUGAGUGACAAGCUAGACCAGGACUUAGAUGAUAUUCAUAUUCAGGAAGCUUACUUUGAAGAUGAAGAACAAGGCAAUGAUUGGCGUCAAGAGGAUGCAAAUCCCUUGUUUCUUGAAGUGGAUCAUUUCUCCUGUUGUAAUAGUGAUUUGCAGGACUCUGCCCAAAGUUCAAGCCCCAGACUUAGGCAACAUGCAAAGGACUCAUGUUCCAUAAUGUCCCAGUGGCCCAAUCAGACCCUUGAUAACCAAAAGCUACCACAUGUGCUUUCUUCUAUUGCUGAGGAAGAACAUCACCUUGAAAAGCAAAGGAGUGACCUUCAACACAGCUUUGACAACCAGCUCUCUGGUAUUUUAGAAAAUGUUAAUGGAAAAAAGCAAGUUAACAGCUUUGGCGAUGAUGAAGAGCCAUGCACAUCUUCUGACAGUGAUGAAGAGGUGAUCAAACAAUUUGAGAUUUCUGUGUCCCGGUCCCAGAGUUUCCAUUCAGAAGCAUCUGAGAAAAGAAAGCAGGUGGGAUUGGAGCAGAAAUCAAAAUUCAGCCACCUGCUCUCUACCCAUGAGGAGGAUAACACAGAAGUAUCUGCCUGUGAAGAUUUGGAUGGACCCAGCCAGCUGAAUUAUUCUGAGAAUCUGUCCUAUGGUGAAGAUGAUCCCAUUUCUGCCCAUUCCCAGUCCCCAUGUGAGGUGGGGAACACCGGGCACCAUGGUGCAUCUCCUCAAGAGACCAAAGUGCCUCACAGCCUCAGUCGCCAGUCUACAGAAGGCAGCUUGGAAUUGGAGACAGCCUUUAAUAACCGGGGGUUUGAAGACUCCUAUGCUACAGACAGCUCCUCCAUGUGGAGCCCAGAGGAACAGGACGGGGCCAAUUUUCAGGUGCCAACAGGGGUCUUGGAGCCCAUCUCAAAAUGUGGUGACCUGGAUGUCAUCUUUGAAUAUAGAGCUUCCAGCCAGAAGUUCACAGUGACCAUUGUGAGAGCACAGGGUCUCCCAGACAAGGACCGAAGUGGUGUCAACUCCUGGCAAGUUCACGUAGUGCUGCUGCCCAGUAAGAAGCAGAGGGGCAGGACAAGCAUACAGAGAGGCCCCAACCCUGUCUUCAAGGAGAAGGUCACCUUCACCAAGCUGGAGCCCAGAGAUGUGGCUGCCUGCGCUAUCCGCUUCCGUCUGUAUGCUGCCCGCAAGAUGACCCGUGAGAGAAUGAUGGGAGAGAAGCUAUUCCAUCUCAGCCACCUGCACCCAGAAGGGGAAAUGAAAGUGACUCUGGUUCUGGAGCCAAGAAGUAAUAUCAGUAGUGGAGAGUCUCCGCUCAGCCCAUCUGCACUUUCUCACAGUGAUACUGCUUCCUCCACGCAGUCGCUUUCUCAUGGAGGGGCCCCGGAGCUGCUGGUGGGGCUGGCCUACAACGCCACAACGGGGCGAUUAUCCGUGGAAAUGAUCAAAGGCAGCCAUUUCCGAAACCUCGCUGUUAAUAGAGCGCCUGAUACAUAUGGAAAGCUCUUCCUCUUCAAUUCUGUGGGUCAAGAGAUGUCCCGCUGUAAGACGUCCAUUCGACGUGGUCAGCCCAAUCCUGUCUACAAGGAGACCUUUGUUUUCCAGGUGGCCCUCUUUCAGCUCUCUGAUGUCACACUGAUGAUUUCCAUUUAUAACAGGCGUACUAUGAAGCGUAAAGAGAUGAUCGGUUGGAUUGCUCUGGGCCAAAACAGUAGCGGAGAAGAGGAACAAGACCAUUGGGAGGAAAUGAAGGAAACCAAAGGCCAGCAAAUAUGCAGAUGGCACACCUUGCUCGAAUCCUAGUUUUGGCAACAGGAUUUGCAUGUGACAUCUGCCCUGGUGACCAGUGUUUUGACCACUGACACCAACUCAGCACAGGCUGGUAGGCGUUUUAAAGACAGGCUUACAAUUAGAGUCUACUAAACACUGGGACAUUCUGGGCAGGAUCAUUUGGGUCUCUCAAAGGUUUGAUUUGGAUUCAGAUAUUAUAAUUAAAAAAAAACCACAUACAUGGUCAAGUGUACUUUAUGGAAAAUUAACCGUCGUGGAGAACAGUGAUAAUGAGUUAAUUUGUAUUAAUAGAUUAUUGAGUCUGGGUUCAACCUGUGGAAUGAAGCUUCUCUUGCUGCCUCUGUUUGCUUAAAGAGUAACCUGAGAUCACAAGGGAGCGGUUGAAUCUCACUAUUUGUAACCAGGUAUGUGUAUGAAUCAGAAUUUUGUUAAUAUGGUGCCAAACCCUCCCCACUAUGGAAAUGAAUCUCAUACCAAGGCUCAUAAGAGAGUGUAACUGUCAUCCAUAAGCCCCCUUUUGCAUUUUUCUUUCUAUGAACGAAACUCUUCAUUUAUUUACUUAAAAAUAAAUGUUAUAAACUCAUACUUAUAAAACAAAUUUGUAUUCAUUAAAUACCUUUCUUUAUCUCGCUUACAUAUUGUGGUUUCCUGUGAGGUUUGAUUAGAUGAAUCAUUCUGAAGGUAAAACAGAGUUGAAAAACACUGUUGAAAGACAUCUUGUCUCCUUUUAAUAUGUAAGAUUUCCAACUUGUAAUUUUCAAGGUUUUUAUGCUACUUUUCUCACGUAAUAAAUUCUUACAGAAUUAAAAGAAACAAAAAAAAAACAAAAAACAAAACCUACUUAAGUCAUGGAUUUGUUGAUUUUCUAAAUUGAGAGUUCUCCUUUAGAUUGUACUUUUUCUAUAUUCACUGAUAUAUACUCAUAAAUAUAUUUUGAAUGUACACUUGCAUGUAAACCAUAUUCUUUUUUAUGCAGUUAUUUUCCAUCACUAGAGCAUAGUAAAUUAUAUACAGUAUGUCCUUAAUAAAUGUUGAUUUAAUUGACUCUUAGAAAUGAACAUGUUAUGAUACCUAUGAAUGAAGAAAUAUUUUCAGCUUGUAUGAAAUGACACCAAGUUCUUUCUUUCUUUCUUUUUUUCUUUUUUUUUUUUUUUUUGAGCAUUUGAAGUGCCUAUAAUUGUCAUUUUCCAUGACAUUUGCAGCCGCCUGUAUUAGUCACUACUUGCCUUCUGGGCAUGUGCCAUUCAGAACACUGAUCUUGUACGGUGAUAAGCAUGAAAUUGUAUCUCUGAAUGACUUUUACAUAUUUGUGCCAUGCAUGUUUAUUUUUCUUUUGCUUACAUGUGAGUCCUUAAUAAUAAUUACCUGAAAUUGUCAGUGAAAAAAAAAAAAAGUUGGGAAAGGAAUGUGUGUCCAUCUAACACUGUGCCUAAUGUGCAGCUCUUCUGAGCAAUUGCUCAGUCACUUAUUUUUAGCUUUUAUGUUUCAUUGUUGACUUUUUGCUGUCUGUGGGAAGAGUGAUAGCUAGUGAUGGAUGUAUACAGUUAAAAACACAGAACUCCUCCUCAGCUCUGCAUUUGACAGAUUGUAGAUGUAGGCUGCAACACUUGAAGAACAUAUUUAUUCCUUACUGUGGAGUGUGUAAUGGUUAUCCUGACAAGAAGAGACUAGGGCACAGGAUAAUUCUUCUGUGAUUUCAAGUACCCAAUUUUGAAAGAAAUGACUUCCUAUGGAAGAAUCAGAAUUAGCAAAAUAAAUUAGUAUCUUAAUUUCUUUUUAGGUCAUGGGAGUUUCAUCUAUAACACUGCUCAGUUAUUGGGAAUAAGUAAUAAAACCAUGUUCCUUUGGGUUUUUACCCUACCUUUCUUUGGAAGACCUCAAAGUGCUUUUCCAACAUUAUAUCCAUUAACUGCUGAGUGGUCUUUGCAGUGUGGCUGUGUCAUUGAGUAGAACUGAGUGCAAUUGAUUAAGUAGCGGCACAAAGAAUUGGCUUUUCACAUCCCUUACCCUCUUUAUGUGCUUGUGUUUAAAGGGAAGUAGAGCAGCCUUGUUAUGCUUUCCUUUAUGCAGUAACAUAAAAGCAGCAUUCACUUUAAAAUUUACAUUUGAAAAAAAAACCUGCACAUAUUGUACUGACCAUCCUGGAUUUUUUUCCCCCUCGUAUUUUCCUGCUCUAUGUUUUGCUACAUCCCUUGUCAUAUGGCUCCCAGUCAUCACCUAUGCUCCAUUUUCUGCUGCUUUAACCCACCCAUUUUUUAGGGUUUUCUGCUGGUACAGUGAAGCUGUCCUUGUGGGUUUGAUCUGUUUUCCAGUAGUCUGCUUAUGAGACUGUUACAGGAAUGUGCAGAUUUUAAGGAACAAGAUGCCUGAAAAGCAUUUUUAAUUUUUGUAUAAAUUUACUAUGUUGGUGCUAUUCACCACGUAGGAUGCAUGUACAUCUUGAAUAUACAGCAAUCUGAAGCGGACUGUAUAAAUAUAAAAUGCUAAUGAUAAGAUACAUUAAAAUAUGAGGCUGAAUUUUUUUUUUACAUUGAUUUGAAAUUCUGGUUUAGUAAGAUCUUUUGAUUUUGUACAUUUCAGCUCCCUUUAUUUGCUUGGCAACGUCUAGACACAAUGCACUCAGCAUGUUUUUCUUUUCACUGGAGCUCUUACAUCUACAUUUGCCUUUUAAGAGAGUUAUGAAAGAUAAUUAGUUGGUUCAGCGGUAAAAAAGCUCCUUUUGCCUAUUUUAUCUAGCUAAUAAUUAACAUCUCACAGAGACAUUUGAAAUGGAAGAAGCGCCAGUAUUUGUUGCAUGAGUAGUUCCUUCCGUGAUUUUUCCUAAAGACAGUGCUUUUUAAAUAAUACUGUAGAGGGUAAAUGAAGCACUAGGUUUAUGGAAAUCUGCUUGGUAGUGUGUCUUCUUUCAGAGCAUUAAUUUACACUGAAUUGAGAAGUGCUGGUUUCGCCAAUCACGGUGGUGGCCCUUGUGCUCCCUGCUCCCCUCUGACUAUUGUUGAAUUUGUAAAUGGGCCAUUCACCAGGCAGCCAGGCAUCUGCCCUUGCUUCUCUCUCCUUCACUGGCUCCCUGUGUGAUGCACAGUUGUUUGGGACCCUGUUUUUGCUGAUGUAGCAUAGCUGUGGAGGGAGGUCUUGCCUCCCUUAACAGUAGAAGGACUUGUACCACUGUUGGAUGUAUUGCGCUUGGCAUCCACCUGUACAAAGUUCAAGAAAGAAUCCUAACUGUGACUGCAAGGGGGCAAACAGAAUAUGCUACUGUGCUCUCAUUCCCUCUCAGCACUGGGCCCUCUGCUCCUUCUUCAAUGAUAGUGGCGGACUGAGCGUGAACGCUGAUGUCCUCUGUGGUACAAGAUGCUGCAGGGAGAACCUCCCCUCUGCCUACGCAGCAUAGGGACUUUCACAGUAUUUUACAAAUCGUUGGCAUCUCUUGGUCAGUCUCGGUGCUCUAUAUUGUGGUUGUAAUAGAUGGUCUUAUUUGAGAACCAAAAUGCCUUUCUUUUCAAGUAACACAUCAUUUAAGUUGAAACUAACCAUCAGGUUAUGUGAAAGUGCUCCUCUGAUGGCCACUGAGUUUAUGAAAUUGAUGGUUCACAAGGCAGACAUUGAGCUGUGGGGCUCCCAAAAGCUGGACUGUCCUGUUGCAGCAUAUAGAACUUAGUAUGUUAAGAUCAGAAAAGUGAUAGAAGAGGAUUAUUUGUAGAUGACAUAAAACCAAAUGGAGAUACAUGCUUUAACA